GGCUGCCGGACCGACCGGACCGCGAGGCCGCUGGGCGGCGGUCGGCUCCUGCUGUCCUCGUCCCGGGACCCCGCGCACCUGGCCAGGCCCCCGGCCUCAACAUGGCCCGUCGUUCCCAGAGUUCCUCGCAGGGCGACAACCCCCUGGCACCGGGGUACCUGCCACCUCACUACAAAGAGUACUACCGCCUGGCCGUGGACGCGCUGGCGGAGGGCGGGCCCGAGGCCUACAGCCGCUUCCUGGCAUCCGAGGGGGCACCCGCCUUCCUGUGUCCCGAGGAGCUGGACCACGUGAGCCGCCACCUGCGGCCCCCGCAGUAUGUUUCCCCGGAGCCCCCCGAAGGCAGCCCUCCCAACGUGGACAUGGACGGCUCCUCGGGCACCUACUGGCCCGUGAACUCAGACCAGGCGGUGCCUGAGCUGGACCUGGGCUGGCCGCUGACCUUCGGCUUCCAGGGCACGGAGGUCACGACGCUGGUGCAGCCACCGCCCCCCGACAGCCCCAGCAUCAAGGACGAGGCUCGGAGGAUGAUCCGCUCUGCCCAGCAGGUGGUGGCCGUGGUGAUGGACAUGUUCACCGACGUGGACCUCCUGAGCGAAGUGCUGGAGGCUGCCGCGCGCCGUGUCCCCGUCUACAUCCUCCUGGAUGAGAUGAACGCGCAGCACUUCCUGGACACGGCGGAAAAGUGCCGCGUCAACCUGCACCACGUGGACUUCCUGCGGGUGCGCACCGUGGCAGGCCCCACCUACUACUGCCGCACGGGCAAGUCCUUCAAGGGCCACGUGAAGGAGAAGUUCCUCUUGGUGGACUGCGCCGUGGUGAUGAGUGGGAGCUACAGCUUCAUGUGGUCCUUCGAGAAGAUCCACCGCAGCCUGGCGCAUGUGUUCCAGGGCGAGCUGGUCUCCAGUUUCGAUGAGGAGUUCCGCAUCCUCUUCGCACAGUCUGAGCCUCUGGUGCCCUCGGCCGGGGCGUUGGCCCGCAUGGACGCUUAUGCCCUGGCUCCAUACUCCGGGGCCGGGCCCCUGAUGGCCAGCCAGAUGACCGGGGCGCCAACUCCUUUCUCCUUCCCCAAACGAGCGCACCUCCUCUUCCCACCGGCCCGGGAAGAGGGCCUCGGCUUCCCCUCCUUCCUGGACCCUGACCGCCACUUCCUGUCGGCCUUCCGCCGGGAGGAGCCACAGCGGAUGCCCGGGGGCGCCCUGGAGCCGCACAUGGGGCUGCGGCUGCCGUCACGAAGGUGGGACACGGAGGCCGGACCCGGUGCCGAGCUCGCCGGCCCGCGGGGCUUCUUCCAGGCCCGACACCUGGAGAUGGACUCCUUCAAGCGGCACAGCUACGCGGCCGCCGAUGGCGCGGGCGCCGUGGAGAACUUCGCGGCUGCGCGGCAGGUGUCCCGACAGACGUUCCUCACCCAAGGGGACGACUUCCGCUUCCAGACCAGCCACUUCCACCGCGACCAGCUCUACCAGCAGCAGCAUUACCAGUGGGACCCGCAGUUUGCUCCCGGGCGCCCACAGGGCCUGUUCGAGAAGCUGCGCGCGGGCCGCCCCGGCUUCGCGGACCCCGAGGACUUCGCCCUGGGCGCUGGGCCUCGUUUCCCGGAGCUGGGCCUGGACACCCACCAGCGGCUGGACUAUGUGCCGUCCAGUGAGUCGCGCGAGGUCCGCCAUGGCUCAGACCCGGCCUUUGGUCCCCGGGGCCUGGAACCCAGUGGGGCCCCGCGCCCCAACCUGGGCCUACGUUUCCCCUGCCAGGCAGCGGCGAGGCUGGGCCCGGAGGCGGGGCUGCAGGCAGAGGCUGAGCGCAGGGCUGGGCCGGAGGGGCGGGCGGGGCUGAGGCACUGGCGCCUGGCCUCCUACCUGAGCGGCUGCCACGGGGAGGACGCGGGUGAGGAGGGCCUGCCGGCGCCCAUGGAGUCCGAGGCCUAUGAUGACGAAGUGCUGGUUUCCGGGGGCCGGGCGACCGCUGGGGACCUGCUGCCCUCGUCUUUCCGCGCGCCCUCGUCGUUCCCGGCCAAGGGCUCCGGCAGCGGGGGCGGCGAGGGCCCGGAGCGCGAGGGCACAGAGGAGCCGGGCCUGGCCAAGCAGGACUCUUUCCGCUCGCGCCUGAACCCGCUGAUCCAGCGCAGCUCUCGGCUUCGCUCCUCGCUCAUCUUCGCGACACAGGCGGAGGGCGCAGGCGGGGCCGCCACCGAAAAGGUGCAGCUGCUGCACAAGGAGCAGGCGGUGCACGAGGCGGUAGGCCCCGGGGGCGAGGCCGUCCGCUCGGCCGCCUCCACCAAGGUGGCCGAGCUCCUGGAGAAGUACAAGGGCCCCGCGCGCGACGCCGGCGGCGCCCCGGCCACCGCAGUCACCGCCUCCAGCCACAGCAAGGCCGUCACGUCCCAGGCGUGGCGGGAGGAGGCGGCAGCGGCGGGGAACGCGGGGGCCGAGCGGCGCAGCCUCGAGAGCUGCCUGCUCGACCUCCGCGACUCCUUCACGCAGCGGCUGCACCAGGAGGCCGAGCGGCAGCCGGGGGCCGCCACGCUCACGGCCGCCCAGUUGCUCGACACGCUGGGCCGGAGCGGCCCUGGCCCCGACAGGCUGCCCUCCCGCUUCCUCCUGACCCAGGGCCUCUCCUCUUCCCUGCAAGGGCAGGACAGCCCCCCGGCGGACGCACCCCACUCGGAGCCAAAAGGGAACCCCACCUCAGCCUACCCCGAGCGGAAGGGGAGUCCCACUCCUGGGUUUCCCACGCGCAGAGGCAGCCCGACCUCAGGGUUCCCUGAGCGCCAGGGGAGCCCCACCUCCGCCUACCCUGAGCGCAGGGGCAGCCCAGUGCCCCCCGUGCCCGAGCGCAGGGGCAGCCCGGUGCCCCCCGUGCCCGAGCGCAGGGGCAGCCUCACCCUGACCUUCUCGGGAGAGGCUCAGAAGGCCGGGCCCGCGGAGGAGACGCCCACCGGCCCCAUGGAGGUGCUGCGCAAGGGCUCCUUGCGCCUCCGGCAGCUGCUGAGUCCCAAGAGCGAGCGGCGCGCAGAGGAUGAGGGCGGCUUCCCGGCGCCGGCGCCGCAGGAGAACGGGCAGCCCGAGAGCCCCCGGCGGCCCUCGCUGAGCCGGGGAGACAGCACGGAGGCUGCCGCUGGGGAGGAGCGGGGUCCGCGGGCGCGCAUGGCCUCGGCCACGGCCAACGCCUUGUACAGCAGCAACCUGCGGGACGACACCAAAGCCAUCCUGGAGCAGAUCAGCGCCCACGGCCAGAAGCACCGCGGGGCCCCCACUCCCUCUCCGGCCCACAGCAGCCCGGAGCUGGGCCGCCCGCCGGCUGCCAGUGGCCUGGCUCCUGACAUGUCCGACAAGGACAAGUGUUCAGCCAUCUUCCGCUCAGACAGCCUGGGGGCCCAGGGCCGGCUGAGCCGCACGCUGCCCGCCAGCGCCGAGGAGCGCGACCGGCUGCUGCGCCGCAUGGAGAGCAUGCGCAAGGAGAAGCGCGUGUACAGCCGCUUCGAGGUCUUCUGCAAGAAGGAGGAGGCCGGCGGCGCAGGCGAGGGCCCGGCAGAGGAGGACGCCCGGGACAGCAAGGUGGGCAAGUUCAUGCCCAAGAUCCUGAGUACGUUCAAGAGCAAAAAGUGAGUGUCCCGGCCAGCAGCCUGGCCGGGGUCUCCGCAUCCCUGCUGCCUGCCAGCAGGGCACUUGGUCCUCGGGCGCAGAAGCUAGGAACCCGGAUGAGCACAGCCAGAGCUCAGCCCCCCUGGGCUCACCCCGUGCCUGCCCUGGCCUCUCCAUUUUGGGGCUGCAGCCGCUCGCUGCCCCUGCCUUAUUCCCCUGCCUCCCUCCUCAGCACCUCCGUCCCCAGGCCCCGCCCCUCCCUUAGGCAUCUGCCUCCCCCAUCUCUUUGGGCUUCAGGUCCUCUUCAUGCACCUCAGGGACCCAUCCCUUUGUGCCUUAGUCCCCGCUUCUCUGGGGACCUCGCAUCUCAGGGCUUCUAUGUCUCAGGGUUCCCCUCUGCCUACCCUCCUGGCUACGCCGCAUCUUCACUCUGCUGCCUCUGCCGUCUGCUGGCGAGCCUACCACCGCCUCAGGACCUCCCAUCUCCUCCCUCUGUGGUCGCUGGAGGCUCGCUUCCCGCCCUGCCCUCUGCCCACUUGCUUGGCGGCCCAUCCUCUCACUGCAGGGAGGCAGGGCAGGGGGAGGGGGGAGCAGAGGGAUCCUGGAAGGGCUGCCCUGCCCCCAGACCUGAGCACACCUGGCCCCCCCUCCAGCAAGGUCCUCAGCCAGGAUGACAGCACCAAGCCUCACUGAUGGAUGGUGUGGGGCCCCAGCCAGUCAGCCAGAAAGAGGCUGGGUGUGGAGUGCCCGUACCUGUGCAGGUGAGGGCAGAGGACGGCCUCCUGGCACCGGAGCCCCAGCCCAUUGGUGUCCCAGCGGUCCGGGCCCGGGCCUGGUCCUGCAGGCGCCAGCUCCACCCCGCCCUGCAUCCUCUCCUCUCGGUCACUUUCCGGUGUCCUCGCCGGCGGUGACGUUGGGUUUGAAAUGACACCUUUCGGCACCGAGUGCUUAGGAAGUCUCCCGUCACAGGCGCUACGCUUGUGAAACGAGUGUUCCCGCCGUUUCUUCUCGAAUAGCUUUUGGUUUUUUUACGUGUAAGAAACCCAACCGCCCAGAAUGGGAAAGGGUUUAAGAAACGGCACUGAGCGAAGCCUGCAGUUCAGACUCGGGGUGCACGUUCACACCCCGACAACUCAUGGUCUGGUGACCAAAGCAACUGCCCCGGGAGGGGUGACAGCAAGGACUUGUCCUCGGGUGGCAAAGGUCACGUGGAGCUGGAUGAGCUGGCGUUUGCUGACAAAUGUUUCGUGUGGCCUGGUGCUUAGGGAGGGCCCAUGGGGGACCCUUCUGGCCAGCAGAGGCCAGUGGCUGGGGCCCUCGGAGCCUCCUGUCUGCACCCCCAUGUCUUGCUGAGUGACACAGCUCCUCAACUGUGAUUCUUAAUAUUUUGCUGAUAAUAAAACACCAGCACAGAA